UUGUGUUACAGGAUAUUAGAAGUGGACUUUCAGGUGGGAAACUCAAUAAUUGUAACACCAAACUCUGACAGAAUUACUCAAUUCAUCAGGACCUGGAUAUUCGCAUUGUGUAGUUCUAAAUUGGAGUAAGGCCAACUUUGACGGUAUUGGGCAAGAACUUCCAAAAGAUGAUCGGGAGAGGCAAUUCACAGAUUUCCACAAUUUUACUUCUGCACUAUUCUUAAUCUUUCAGAGGGAUCGAAAGGUUGAGUUACAGAGCUAUACAAUGCCUGUCCUUCCUCCCUGGCUCUCCCACCUCUCUCUUUCGGUAGUUUUGUGCAAACACUGACUGGAUCCCUUACCUGGAGGAUAUUUAUGAAUGAAUUUGUCCUAAUGAUAAUCCAGCAUGUUCCCCAAGUGUCGCUCCACAAAUGUCCAGAGGAUUUCUCUCAGUUUCACAAUCUGUGUGUUCUCUUCUGGUUUCUCACUCACUGCACUUACUUUCUGUUUGAAAGCUUAGUUUGCAAUUGGAGAAUUCAAAAAGUUCCACAUCCAGAUCUGACAGUCACUUUGUUUAUCACAACCCAAUUAUCUCAGGAUUUUGAACAUUGAAGGAAAAAGCAGCAUUCACAUUGGGGAGAAAUGCACAUGGUCUGUGUGUCGAAGAGUCUGUGAAGAUUUAUCUGAAAUGUCCAAACACCAGCGCAGUAACACUGGGGAGAGACUGUGGAAAUGUGCGGAUUGCGGGAAGGGAUUUCUUUACCCAUCCCAGCUAGAAACUCACCAACAGAGUCACACUGGGGAGAAGCCAUUCACCUGCUCGGAUUGUGGGAAGGGAUUCACUUCACUAUCCAGGCUACUGAUACACCAGCGAGUUCACACUGGAGAGAAACCAUUCACCUGCUUCGAUUGUGGGAAAGCAUUCACUCAGUCAGCAAAUCUGCAAACGCACCAGAGAAUACACACUAGAAAGAGACCAUUCACCUGCUCUGAUUGUGGGAUGGGAUUCACUCAGUCAUCUAACCUGCUUAGACACCAGCGAGUUCACACUGGAGAGAAACCAUUCACUCGCUCGGAAUGUGGGAAAGCAUUCACUCAGACAACUCAACUGCUGAUACACCAGCGAAUUCACACUGGAGAGAGACCAUUGACCUGUUCUGUGUGUGGGAAAGGCUUUGCUGACUGGAACUCCCCGCUGAUACACCAGCAAGUUCACUCUGGGGAGAGACCAUUCAGCUGCUCUCCGUGUGGGAAGGGAUUCACUUGCUCAUCUAACCUACUGAGACACCAGAGCGUUCACACUGGGGAGAAACCAUUCAACUGCUCUGAAUGUGGGAAAGCAUUCACUCCAUCAUCCAAACUGUUCACACACCAGCGAGUUCACAAAGAACCACAGUUGAAGGAUUUUGCUGUCACUCUCACUAUCAAAUGAACCAUGGUUUUGGGCUGUUUGUACUGAUGUUACUAAUCCCUGCUCAAUUACAGGUGCUGGUAUUGUGGAUAAAAUGUUAAUAACAGUUGUGUAUCUGUAAGGUAGAGCUUGGAAAUAGUCAUAUUGUCACCAUACAUCGACACAGUCACACUGACUAAAGACUAUCCACCUGCACAGUAUGUGAAAAGGGAUUUCCUGGUUCAUCAGGACUGGUUAACUACCAGCAAAUUUCUGAGUAAGUGUUAAUUGAUUUUUAAUUCUGCUGUUAGCUAUAUCCAAACCAUGUUUUUUCGGCUUGUUUCUGGAGAUCAUAGAAUCCCUCCAAUGUGAAAGCAGACCAUUUGGCCCAUCACGAAGAGUGUCCUACCCAGUCUCAGUAACACUGCAUUUAACAUGGCUAAUCCACAUAGUCUGCACAUACCCGGGCACUAUGGGCAAUUUAGCACAGCCAGUCCACCCUAACCUGCACAGCUUUAGAUUGGCAGGAAACCAGAGCACCUGGAGGAAACCUGCACAGACACAGAGACUGUGCGAACUGCGCACAGACAGCAGCCUGAGGCUAGAAUCAAAUGCAGAAAUAGAAACAGUAAACAUCCAUUCAGCCCUUUGAACUUGUUCCUCCUGUCAUCUACGUCAGUUCUACCUUCUCAAAUUAUCCCCAUUUCCCUCAUUGCUGAUGUACAAAAAUCUAACACUGCCUGAUUUGGAAACCCGCGAUGACCAAGAAUCUACAGCUCCCUGGAAUAGAGAAUUCCACAGAUUUACAGUGAUGUGAGUGAAGAAAUUGCUCCUCACCUCAAUCUGAAAUGGUCACACCCUUAUUCUGAGACAAUUACCCCAUGUCCGAGAUUUCCCAGCCAGAGGAAACAUUUACUCAGCAUUGCUCCUAUCAAGCAUCUUCCAAAAAAAAAGAUAAUUCAAUGAGAUCACUUCUAUUUCUCUAUAUCCUACAGGUUGGUCAUCAGUUAGUUCAGUUGGCUGGACGGCUGAUUUAUGAUGUGGAGUGGUACCAACAGUGUGGGUUCAAUUCCUUCACCAGCUGAGGUGACCAUGAAGGACUGUCCUUCUUGACUUCUUCCCUUGCCUGACUCUCAGGUUAGCCACCACCAUUUGUCUGUCUCGAAUGAGAGACAGCCUGGUUGUCCAGUAGCACUAUGGUGACUUUGAUUUUAUCCCACAGAAUAUAAGCCCUGUUUACUCAAUUUCUUCUGCUCAGAAAUCCCCUCUUCCCAGGAGCCAGUCUGGAGAACCUUUGUUACACUCACUCUAGAUCAUUCAUGUUAGUUCAGUCAUCAGAAACUGCUCACAGUCCUCUAGGGCAGACCUCACUCCUGAAAACUGCUCGCAGUCCUCCAGGGCAGAUCUCACCAGAGGAACCUGCUCACAGUACUUCAGGGGAGUUCACUCUCGUUCUUCAAAGCCCUUUGUAAUAAAAGCUUACCUACCGUU